AUUGUUCGUGCGAAGCUAAUGCGCUAUGUGGCGUGUUGUAGUCCGCGCUAGUGUGUGGUUCAGGCAACUUGUUCUUACGGAUUGUAUUUUGUUCGCAUAGAGAUCUAUUGUUUUUUUUUUUUAAUCGUUUAACUAGUACGGUGCUACACAGUUAUUGCGCAAGUCUAUAAAGUGUGUUCUUAUAAUAUAUUUCUUGAUGCAGGAUAUGUCUGUUUUAAUCUUCAUUUUAUGAUUAUAAAGGAGUACAUAAGACUUAACGUGUGCGUGACUCAUUCCCUUCAUUCUUUAUUUUAAUUGGUGUUUUAGCCUGAUAUCGAAAACUUCUUGGCGGGAUUCUUCAUUCUUCUUAUUCUCAUUCUGGAUUUUAUGUUGAACGCAUUGAGACGAUGGGAUAUCAAGUGUUGAAUCGUGUAUUGUGUAGUUUUCGCUAAGGAUUUAUACUAGUCUAGAUCUAUCAGAUUUUCUAUAAACGCUCAGACUGCUGCUUGAAAAUUGAUUUGUAUCUAGCCAAACGUGCCAACAUGUAUCCGAAUCGACAUCCGGGUCCUCAACCGGGGCAGCCAUUUAAGUUUACAGUGGCUGAGUCCUGUGAUCGUAUUAAAGAAGAAUUUAGUUUUCUUCAGGCGCAAUAUCAUACGUUGAAGAUGGAAUGUGAGAAGUUAGCACAAGAAAAGACGGAGAUGCAGAGACACUAUGUUAUGUAUUACGAAAUGUCAUAUGGAUUAAAUGUUGAAAUGCAUAAACAGACUGAGAUUGCCAAGCGACUGAAUGCUAUUUGUGCCCAAGUUAUUCCAUUUCUUUCACAAGAGCAUCAACAGCAAGUAGCUGCAGCUGUAGAAAGAGCUAAGCAAGUCACCAUGCAAGAGUUAAAUGCAAUCAUUGGGCAACAGAUGCAAGCUCAACACUUGCCUCAUGCACAUGCCCCACCUAUACCACUGACACCACACCCAGCUGGUCUUCAGCCCCCCAUCCCUCCAGUCUCCAGUGGAUCAGGUUUCUUAAAUUUUACACCAACACCAUUCCCAAUGCCACAUGGUCUGAAUGUUCUGAAAGAAGAUAAGGUAAAUGAUGAUAAACAUAGACGCUCAGCUUCUCCAAUAGAGAGAGAAAAGUUCAGACAGAGGAGUAGGACACCUGAAGUGAGUGAACAGUCAAAGAAAAGAAGAGCAGAGGAGAAGGCAGCAGACAGUGAUGGGGAAAAAAGUGAUCAAGAUUUAGUGGUUGAUGACAAUAUAUCUCCACAUAAUAACGGUGACAUGUCACCAAGAGAAAAACAUGCACUUAAAGAUGGCAUCAAAAAGGAGGAGCGUGACAGAGACAGUGAUGCCUCUUCUCAUGCAAGUUCUACCUCCUCUAAACCCAAAGAGAGUGAAAAGGCAGGAACACCUGUAUCAAAACCAGCCACACCAACAAGCUCAGGCAGCACCACACCAGGACCAUCAGCAGGUGUGAAACAUGGCUAUCCUUUCAUGCAACGUAGUGGUGCAAACAUGAGUGCUUCAGAAUUGAGCCCCAUUCCUUAUACAUCAGCUGGUCCUUUAACAAAUGGUUUGGCAGCCAGUGCACUUAACAGUUUUCCAAGACCACCAAUGGUUGGAUUUGAAGCUCAUGGAUCACAUGGUGCUAUGCGACCCAAUCUGAACAGUGUUUCUGGAGGAAAACCAGCAUAUUCAUUCCAUGUGAGUGGUGAUGGUCAGAUGCAGCCAGUUCCAUUCCCACCUGAUGCUCUCAUAGGACCAGGUAUCCCUCGUCAUGCUCGACAAAUAAACACACUCAACCAUGGUGAGGUGGUGUGUGCUGUCACUGUUAGUAAUCCCACACGGCAUGUCUAUACUGGUGGAAAGGGCUGUGUGAAAGUUUGGGACAUCAGUCAGCCAGGAAAUAAGAGCCCUCCUAUUUCACAGUUGGAUUGUCUGCAACGUGACAAUUAUAUUAGAUCAAUCAAACUUCUUCAAGAUGGACGCACUUUAAUUGUUGGUGGAGAGGCUAGUACAUUAUCAAUAUGGGAUCUUGCAUCACCUACACCAAGAAUAAAAGCUGAGUUAACUUCCAGUGCCCCAGCAUGUUAUGCUCUGGCUAUCAGUCCAGAUGCCAAAGUAUGUUUUAGUUGUUGUAGUGAUGGCCAUAUUGCAGUCUGGGACUUACACAACCAAACACUAGUCAGGCAAUUCCAAGGACACACAGAUGGUGCAAGCUGUAUAGAUAUAUCUCCAGAUGGCACCAAACUGUGGACUGGUGGUUUGGAUAAUACUGUGCGAUCAUGGGAUCUUAGAGAGGGAAGACAGUUACAGCAGCAUGAUUUCUCCUCUCAAAUAUUUUCAUUAGGGUAUUGUCCAAAAGGAGAAUGGUUAGCAGUUGGCAUGGAAAGCAGCAAUGUUGAAGUGUUGCACCAUUCUAAGCCUGAUAAAUACCAGCUCCACCUUCAUGAAAGCUGUGUACUGUCUCUUAAAUUUGCCUAUUGUGGUGAAUGGUUCAUUAGUACUGGUAAAGAUAAUUUGCUCAAUGCCUGGCGUACUCCAUAUGGUGCUAGUAUUUUCCAGUCCAAAGAACCUUCAUCAGUGUUGAGUUGUGAUAUUUCUGCUGAUGAUAAAUAUAUUGUUACCGGAUCAGGGGACAAGAAAGCCACAGUUUAUGAAGUCAUCUUUUAAAUACAAACUAGCUGAGGAUACCAUGAAGUGUUUUGUUAUGUCAACAGAUUCAUAUCAUGCUUGAAAACAGCAUAUCUACACAUUUCCUAACAAUGGCUGCCCAUCCCUUCAAUAUGCACCAGAAUCUAUGGUGACAACAAUUGUUCAAGAAAUAUCUUUGUGCUAAAUAUUGUUGUUGUUUUUAUUUUCCUCUUCAUUAUGGAGAGUUCAUCAAAUAAUCCAAAGCUUCAAAGCCAAGAUCAAGCAACUUUCUGUGUUUGUUUGGAUUAUAUUUCAGUGUAUUCAUAUGUGUCUCUUCCUCUAUGUAUUGCCUCCAAUAGAAAUAUUGCUGGUCUCAGGAUUAUUUUCAGUGUGUGUUGAUAGGUUUCAAUGAUUCUUUAUGGAGUAGACAGUGCAGAAAGCUUUCAUUUAAUUGGAUGGAUUUAUUUGUUCACACUUUUAUUUUAAAAAAAAGAUGUGUGAUUCAUUUCAUCAAAAUGAAAGAAUAUGAAUGUCUAUUGCUUGUUAAGCGAUGGCACGACCAUUUUGAUUUCCAUUUUGUUGUGACGCUCCCCUUGCGGAGGGGGAAAAAAAAGGAUUUACAUAUUCAGCUCACUGAAACUGUGUGUGUGAGUACAUUGAAGUAUCACAACGGGUGCUCCUUUUAAGAACCUAUUAUUGGAUUACCACUCUGAGGCAAAAGUACAUAAUGAGGUAAACAUUUGCCUUUUCUUUUUGCUGGAACAGAAGGAGGAAGAAUUUCCUAUGGCUAAUUCUUGGUAUUAUGCCUUGUUCUAAGUUUUUUUUUUUUUUUUUUGUCCUUUGAUUCUACUUCAUUAUUGAAUGUUAAUUAAUGUGUUCUCUUCAAGUUAUUCAGAAACAAAGUGAGUACAGAGUGAUUUAGAUUGACAUGUUUGUGUGUGUGUGUGUUUCUAUGUAAAUACUACCCAUUGUUGCAUAUAGUAGACAUAAUAGACUACGAUGGCCGCUCCUAUUCUGUGACAACCUGUUGUUUGUCUGGGACUCACAGCUUUAACACAAAAAUCCUUUAUAAAAUAUAUACAUAUGUAAAGAAAAUUAUAUCAGUGUUUCUGACUGUACGAAUGAAUCAAAUAUUUGGGGACUUUUGUAACUGUAGCUAUAAAAUAUUGCUUUGCUUUGUCUGUGUUCUGUGUGCUUUGAUCUCUAGGGGAACAAAGUUAAGCUCAUGUGCAAGAAUACAAAUUUUGUACCAUAUCUGGCAGGUCCGUUGACCUAAAUACUCUUUUAUUUUUCCAUUUAAAUAUAAUUAAUUUUUGUUUCUGUGAAAUUACUUAUUCAAUGUGAUGACUGUUGUCCUAUGUUCUUGACCUGUUUAAGUGGCAAUUAGCUAAGUUUACUAAAUUACUCUUCCCUUUAUCCUACUCUUAAUUUGGGUUUUCCUAACCUAGACAGGCACUUUUACCGACCAGUAGUACAACUAAAACAGUUAUAUUCUCUCAAAAAGUUUUUAACAUAACAAAAUUGACUUUAAUAAAAGUAUAGAUUUGUGGUCAUCCCAGUUUAUGGAGUGGAAGAGAUGCUAGUUAGUAUCAUUAAAGAGAGAUUGGAACUGAGAAAAGGGGGGGGGGAGGAGUUCUCUUCAUGAAGUAAUGUAAUGUCUGGUCCAAUGUUUCCAUUUUGACUUGUCUGAAGUAGUAAGUAGCCUACAGAACCUUUGAAAGAAUUAUAUAUUGCCCUUCAUUUAGAUCAAGGUGAUGUAGGAACCCCCAGCUCCUCCUUCCCACCCCCUUGAAAUUCCCUUGUGUAGUUACCAUUGAUUAGAAUCCAGUGUAAACUUCCUCUAAUAGAAGUAGUCUGCAUAAACAAGUGCAUAUGUCAUUUGUUUAUUGGUUAACACAUUUUUUAAACUUCCUAAUUUUAAUUUUAUUAAGAAGAGAAGUAGGCAAUUAUUACUUUUGUCUUUUUUUUUUUAUUAUCUAUAAAUAAUUAUUAGCAAAAGCUAAUCUUUGUGUUAAAUGUUGAACUUUGUUUGUUCUAUUGAACUACAAUCUCGGAAGAGUUCACUUUAUUACUUUUCCUACGUUGAAGAUUUAGUUAUUGAAGCAAGACUAGUUCAUAACGUUCAAGUGCCCUCCAUUGAAAAUGAUAAGACAUGAAGUGUUGUUAUCCCAACACUAGUCAGAUAGGAAACCAGUUGGUUACAGAUUGCAAAAUGGCUUAGUCUUUGUUGGCUGCUGAUAAAGCCAGGGUAAAGUUUUGCAUUCUACUGCUAGUUUUAGGGUGACUAGCAUUAGCAUGCCUACUUGGACAAUCAGAAAAUGUUUCAGAAAGAUUUCAUAAAUCUUGCUUUCAGAGUAGCCUUAAAUAAAUAAAUAAAAAAAAAUAAAUAUUUAGGUAUUAACUUUAAAUACAGGCAACUUUUUAUUUUGAUUCAAUUUCUUUCCCUAGUUGGGGGGGGGGGGGGGGGGGCAAUUAGCUCUUUUUAAAACAAGCUGUCGUAGAUUUUUUAUUUUAACAAAAAAGGAUGGCAUCUGAUCAUGUGGUAUACACUGGACUUUCAUCUCAAUAAGGUUUAAACCCUGCCCACUGCCAUCCUGUGGGAUAUUUUGAUUAGGAUGUAAUAAUCUUCAGUUCUAAUGGAACAUCCAACAUGUAUUACACAUUUUUGAUUAAGCUUUAAAACAGGGAUUGUAUGUGCCACUGGUUUCAGCUUAGAAAGUACACAACAGAUUUUGUUCACCAAGUGGUAUUUGUACCACUUCCUUUAUUUAAAGGCUGUCUACUAGUCUUUGGACUAAAGAGACAUUGAUUCUAAAUGUGUCAUCACAGAGCAAAGUUUAUUUGUAAUGCAGCUACCUUUUUUAUUUACUUGUUCUUCUAAUCCUCAAGACUUGUAUUUUAUCAAGUUGACACAGAAUUGUUUAAUCAUGACAUCUAAAAGAUAAACAAUUAAACAUUUUUUGUCAAGGAGGAAAUGCUUGCUUGUUUCAUAAUUCUUGUUGCUUCUAUUUAAAGCCCAGACCUCAGACUGGAAUCUAAAAUCAAUAAGUGUUGUUUGAGCGAGGGGAGAUAAUUGCUGCAGAUGUGAGAGAGGACAUUGUGUAAAUAGUUUUUUUUUUAAUGAGAUUGCAUGUUGUUUUUUUUUCUUCAAAGAUAUGUACCUAUGAGAAGUUUGAUAGAACUGUCACUGCCUUUUUUUUUUAAUCAUAAUUCCAAAGGUGUUCUAGAGGAUUUCUGCUUUAGAAUGACUGGAUAGUGCAAAAUAUUUUUAUUUUUGUAACUUUUUGAAUGUUGAUGGUUGACCAGGUGACAUGUUAUGUGUGAAAGGGGAGAUAAUUUCAUCAAUGUUGUUUAUGAUUGCUAAUGUUUGUAAAUAACCAUGUCAUCUCACAUUCUCUCUAAUUGUGUGGUUUUGUGAUAGUUGGUUUGUCUGUCCGUAUGUUUAUGUAGUUCCAAAAUAAAAAAUAAAAUGUAUAAAACUA